CCGCCGGCUCGUUGCAGCGCAGCGCCGCCGCUCAUCUCCCUCGCAGCGCCGCUCAGGCUCGGUGCCUCAGCGCAGAUCUUCUGCUCCUUCCCCCACUCGCGCUCAGGCUCGGUCCCAAGGAUUGGAUCUUCCGCGCGUCGGCGGCUCCCCCUCGGCGGCGUCCAGCGACGGAGGGGCAGUCCCAGGCUCGGCGACGGCGUCGGCGGCUCCCCUCACCUUCUCUCGCCAGUCGCCUCGCGCCCUCGCCUGCGUCCUCCGCGCACCGGCCGACGACCCUGCGGUGAUUCAAGUACUGUGCUUUCACCAAGAUGUCUGACGGUCAGGAAACUGACAAGAACAUCGAAAUUUGGAAGAUCAAGAAGUUGAUCAAGGCAUUGGAAGCUGCUAGAGGCAAUGGCACCAGCAUGAUCUCUCUGAUUAUGCCACCACGUGACCAAAUUUCCCGUGUGACCAAGAUGUUGGGUGAUGAAUAUGGUACUGCUUCAAACAUUAAGAGUAGAGUCAAUCGGCAAUCUGUUUUAGCAGCCAUCACCUCAGCUCAGCAGAGGCUGAAGCUGUAUAACAAGGUUCCCCCAAAUGGACUUGUUCUCUACACUGGAACAAUUGUUACUGAAGAUGGCAAGGAAAAGAAAGUUACUAUUGAUUUUGAGCCCUUCAGGCCUAUCAAUGCAUCCCUGUACCUUUGUGACAAUAAGUUCCACACUGAAGCUUUGAAUGAACUCUUGGAAUCUGAUGACAAGUUUGGCUUCAUUGUUAUGGAUGGUAAUGGAACUCUUUUUGGUACACUGAGUGGCAAUACUCGUGAAGUGCUUCACAAAUUCACUGUUGAUCUCCCAAAGAAGCAUGGUAGAGGAGGACAGUCUGCUCUUCGUUUUGCUCGGCUUCGAAUGGAAAAACGUCAUAAUUAUGUCCGAAAGACAGCUGAACUUGCUACACAGUUUUUCAUCAAUCCAGCUACCAGUCAGCCUAAUGUUGCUGGACUUAUAUUGGCUGGUUCUGCUGAUUUUAAGACAGAACUGAGCCAAUCUGACAUGUUUGAUCAGCGUCUCCAGGCCAAAAUACUUAAUGUUGUUGAUGUUUCAUAUGGUGGGGAGAACGGUUUUAACCAAGCUAUUGAGUUGUCAGCUGAAAUUCUUGCAAAUGUGAAGUUCAUACAAGAGAAAAAGCUGAUUGGAAAGUAUUUUGAAGAAAUUAGUCAAGAUACAGGAAAGUAUGUGUUUGGUGUUGAUGACACACUCAAAGCUCUUGAAAUGGGUGCUGUGGAAACACUGAUAGUGUGGGAAAACCUUGAUGUCAACAGAUAUGUGCUUAAGAAUAGUGCAACUGGAGAAACUGUUAUCAAACAUCUGAACAAAGAGCAAGAAGCUGACCAGAGUCAUUUCCGUGAUCCGUCUACCAAUGCUGAGCUGGAGGUUCAGGAGAAAACCUCACUCUUGGAAUGGUUUGCCAAUGAGUACAAAAAGUUUGGGUGCACACUUGAAUUUGUUACCAACAAGUCUCAAGAAGGAUCUCAGUUUUGCAGAGGAUUUGGUGGCAUUGGUGGCAUGUUGCGCUAUCAAUUGGACAUCCGUUCUUUUGAUGAGCUUUCUGAUGACGAGGGUGUCUAUGAAGACUCUGAUUAAGCAAACGCCAUUCAUAUGGCUGUGCUGGACCCUGGAUAUGCAAUUGCUAGUUUUGUUCUUGAAAAAAGUUUGUUUGAUUAUUCAGUUUUUGAGGAUAGUACUACUUAAGACACUUGCUUUGUUUCCUCUGCUGCAGCUUACAAUUGCAAUGUCAAGCACAUCAUUACAAUCUGGUUGAUACCUCAUGUCCUGUUGUUAUGUAGACAUUGGCUCUGUCCAAGGUUUGAUUUUUUUGGCAAAUGCUCCAGUGACAGUACUGCAAAUGUGUCUAUUUAAGUUUCAUCUAUUGUACUCCUUUGGCGACCAUGCUUGUUACUGGUCAUGGUGCAACGAAUCAUCUACAUGUUUCCACAAAGUUGGCUA